CGCGUCCUGCAGGUCCCAGGUGUCGUCGCAGACGGUUCCCCACUUGUGCUCGCGGAACAGCUCCACCCGCCCCGCGCAGGCGCUGGAGCCGUUGGCCAGGCGCACCUGGAGCUGCGACGCCGCCUCCGCACCUGUGGGGCAGGACAGGUGUGGCGCUCCUGGGCGGGGCUCCAGGUGUGGCUGGGGUGUGGCUUCAGGCGGGAAAAGGGGUUCUGGGGCCAACAGGUGAGCAUUGGGAGGGGUUUGGGGGUCGACAGGUGGCUCCGGGAGGGUCUUGGGCUCGGGAGUGAGCAGGUGUGGUUCUGGGUGGGUUUAGGUCGGUGAUGGGGUGGAGAAAGGUGUUCUGGGGCCAACAGGUGAGUCUGGGAGGGUUCUGGGCUCAGGUGUGGUCACAGAUAGGUCCAACCAGAUAAACCCCCCCUUCCCCACCUCCCUGAGCCCCCACCCACCCCUCCCCAAGCCCCACCCGCCUCACCUGCACACACCACGCCCACGUCAGCGCCGUGCUCACAGCUGGUGUCUCCCCAGGGCCCCACCUGGCACUCACCCAGGUGGUCCUCGGUGCCCGUGCAGGUGACCCGGUCCAGCCACACUGGCCCCUCCCCCUGCCCGAAGUGGGCCCCACCUGGCGCCGACAGGGCGGGGCCACAGCCCACCUGGCGACAGACCACCUGAGCCUCGGCCAGGCCCCAGGUGUGGCCGCAGAGCGUCCCCCACCUGUGCAGGUAAAGCACCUCCACGCGCCCCGCGCAGCGCCCGGGGCCGCCCACCAGGCGCAGCGGGACAGGUGAGGGUGGGGCCAGGGCGGGACCUGGGUGGGCAGGGAGAGAACAAGAGGAGAGUCAGGAUAGGUGUGGAGGGGGUCAGGUGUGUCUCAGGUGUGACCCUGAAGUCCAGGUGUGACCCCAGGGACAGGUGUGACCCCAAAGUCCAAGUGUCUCCCAAUGUCCAGGUGUGUCCCCACCUCAGCUGUCCCCCCCCAGCUGUGUCCCCCCCACUCACCGUUCAGGGACAGGUAGAGGAGCAGCCCCAGGUGGCUCUGCAGGUAAAGGAGCCUCAUGUCGGGAGUGCACACCUGGGCACAGGUGAGGUCCCAGCAGGGGCUGAGGUGGGCACAGGUGUGGCCUGCACAGGUGAGAAUGUAUGUCUAGAACAGAUGACGUCACAGGUGAGAAGGUGUAUCCUGCACAGCUGAGAAGGUGUGUCCUGGACAGGUGAGUGCCCCCCCAACACCUGAGGACCCCCAGUCACACCUGAGUCCCUCCAACACACCUGAGGACCCCCAAACGCACCUGGGAACACCCAGACAAACCUACGUCCCCCCAGUGCUUUAAGGACCUGCCACACCUGAGUUCCCCCCACACCUGAGACCCCCCAGACACACCUGGGGGCCCCCAGACACACCUGAGCCCCCCCCCCCAGCGGUUUUAGGGACCCCGAGACACACCUGAGCCCCCCAGGUGGGAUUUACCUGCCCCCCCGAACCAGGUGCGGCCCCCUCAGGUGUCCCCUCCGCGUGCCGGGGCUGGGGGAGGGGGAACCUCUGGACCCUCCUGGGUUUGUCCCGGUUUUCUUCCUGGAAAAGCCGCUGAUGCAACCGCGGGGUCACCGGGGGGGGGGGGAAGGGUCACCUGGACACCUGGCGCAGGUCCAGGGGAGGAGGGGCCACCCCAGUUCGCCCUCCCAGUUGAAUGCCAGGACCCCUUCCCUCCCCCCCACCUGGGACCAGCUCACCUGGGCCGGGAUGGGGGGCUCAGGUGGCUCAGGUGGGCACCGGACCCUCCCCAGGGGGGACCCCCUCACCUGGAGGGGGGCGGCGCUGAGGACCCUCCUGGCCGUGACGUACCUGUGCGGUGUGUCCCCGUCCCCCCCGGGGGUCUCCGUGCGCCUCCAGGGGGGUCCCGACGGCUGCUCGGGGCGGGUUGAGGUGCUGCACAACCUCACCUGGGGCACCGUGUGCGACGACGGCUGGGGCGUGGCCGAGGGCGAGGUCACCUGCGCCCAGGUGGGCUGCGGGCGGCUGCGGGCGCUCGCCCCCGGCGCCAGGUACGGCGAGGGGGAGGGGCCCAUCUGGCUGGACGAGGUGAAGUGCGCGGGGCACGAGGGGCACCUGGAGCAGUGCCGGGCGCGGCCCUGGGGGCAACACAACUGCGCCCAUGGCGAGGACGUGGGCGUCGAGUGCGCAGACUCGGUGACGUCAUCACUGGGCUCCCUGCAGCUGCGGGAGGGCCCCGAUCGCUGCUCGGGGCGGGUGGAGCUGCUGCACCUGCACAGGUGGGGCACGGUCUGCGACGACGGCUGGGACCUGCAGGAUGCUCAGGUGAUCUGCCACCAGCUGGGCUGCGGCCACGCCCUCGCCGCGCCCGGCCGCGCCCACUUCGGCCGGGGCCACGACGUCAUCUGGUUGGACGAGGUGAACUGCACCGGGACGGAGAAUUCCAUCCUGGAAUGUCCCACCAAGCCCUGGGGGGACAACAACUGCUUCCACGGGGAGGACGCCGGCGUCAUCUGCUCAGCCUCCAGGAUGGCAGUGCCCACCGAGGUGCGCUUGGCCAACGGCUCCACCCGCUGCCAGGGGCAGGUGCAGGUGUUCUACGGGGGCACCUGGGUGGCCCUGUGCGACCACGGGUGGGGCCUGGCCGAGGCCCAGGUGGUCUGCAGGCAGCUGGGCUGUGGCCACGCCCUCUCCGCACCUGGAGGCUCCUGGUUCGGGCGGGGGCAGAUGAAGGUGUGGCCAGGGAGCAUCACCUGCAUGGGGACGGAGCAGGAGCUCCUGGGCUGCCAGGUGAAGCCCUGGGAGAACCGCACGUGUCACCUGGGCGGGGCAGCAGGCGUGGUCUGCACAGGUAACCCCGAGGCCGACCAAGUGCGCCUGGUGAGCUCCGGCAGCCGCUGCGCCGGGAGGGUCGAGGUGUUCCACAACGGCAGGUGGGGCACGGUCUGUGAUGACACCUGGGACCUGGCGGACGCCCAGGUGGUCUGUCGCCAGGUGGGCUGCGGGAAGGCCCUGUCGGCACCUGGGAGGGCCCAAUUCGGGCGGGGCACUGGCUUCAUCUGGUUGGACGAGACCAACUGCACGGGGGCGGAGCCUCACCUGUCCGCCUGCCCCGCCCGGCCCUGGGGUCGCAACGACUGCUACCACGGCGAGGACGCAGGUGUGGUGUGCUCAGACUCCCUGAUCCCGGAGCCACCUCACCUGCGCUUGACCAACGGCUCCCACCGCUGCGCCGGGCGGGUGGAGCUGCUUCACCUGGACAGGUGGGGCGGAGUCUGUGCCGGGGGCUGGUCCCACGAGGCCGCCCAGGUGGUCUGUCGGUACCUGGGCUGCGGCACCGCCCUGCGAGGGGCGGAGUUCGGCACACCUGGGCAGGUGUGGCUCGACCAGGUGAGCUGCCAAGGGACAGAGAAGAACCUCGGGGAGUGUCGGACGAGCCCAUGGGCCCAGCGCACCUGUGAGGGUGGGAGAGCCGCAGGUGUGGUGUGCUCAGGUGCAGAGCCGUCGGGCGGUGCCCAGGUGCGCCUGGUGGGCGGCCCAGGUGAGUGCGCGGGGCGGGUCGAGGUGCUCCACGCCGGCGCCUGGGGGACGGUCUGCGACGACACCUGGGACUUCGCCGCCGCCGCCGUCGUGUGCCGCUCCCUGGGCUGCGGCCAGGUGAUCUCGGCCCCGCCCCGCGCGCGCUUCGGGGAGGGGCGUGGCCCCAUCUGGCUGGACGGGCUCACCUGCCAGGGCCAUGAGGGGCACCUGGGCGAGUGUCGCCACAAGAGCUGGGGCAUCCACGGCUGCGAGCACAACGAGGAUGCCAGCGUGGUGUGCGCAGGCUCUCACCUGGCCGACCUGACCCACCUGCGCUUGGCCGAUGGUGCCGACAGGUGCUCGGGGAGGGUGCAGGUGCUCCACGCCGGGCGCUGGGGCGGGAUCUGCGCCCACUCCUGGCACCUGGCGGCCGCCCAGGUGGUCUGUGCCCAGGUGGGCUGUGGGGGGGCAGCGGGUGUGAACCAGGUGAGGCCAGGCGAGGGCGAGCUCACCUGGCUGGAGGCUGUUACCUGCCGGGGGGACGAGGGGGCCCUCCUGGAGUGCCAGGUGAAGGGUUGGGGGGGGCCCCGCACCUGCAGCCAUGGAGGACACGCCUAUGUCAUCUGUAGAGGUGUGACCCAGGGGCGCUCCGGUGAACCUGAAAGCUCAGGUGAGCCAGGUGAGCUCCGCCUGGCUGACGGCCCCCACCGCUGCUCGGGGCGCGUCGAGGUUCUCCACAACCACACCUGGGGCACCGUCUGCGGCCGCACCUGGGACCUGGCGGCUGCCCAGGUGGUCUGCCAUCACCUGGGCUGCGGCCACGCCCUCAGCACACCUGGAGCCGCCCGUUUUGGGGCGGGGUCCGGUCCCACCUGGCUGGACGGCUUCAGGUGCGUUGGCAACGAAACCACCAUCGCCCAGUGCCCGGGCAGCACCUGGGGGCGGCACACCUGCGACCACCUGGACCACGCUGGGGUCGUGUGCUCAGGUGCCCCCCCAGCAGGUAACUCCAGCUCGGGUGAGGUGAGGUUGGUGGACGGGCCUCACCUGUGCAUGGGGCGUGUCGAGGUGCUCCAUGACGGCCAAUGGGGGACGAUCUGUGAUGACAGCUGGGACCUGAAGGAAGCCCAGGUGGUCUGUCGCCAGGUAGGCUGCGGGGAAGCCCGGGCUGCCCAUGGCCACGCCCAUUUCGGGCAGGGGGCGGGGCCCAUCUGGCUGGAUGACAUCACCUGCACGGGGGAUGAGACGCACCUGGCGCAGUGCCGCGCCCAGCCCUGGGGGAACAACAACUGCCACCACGGCGAGGACGCGGGUGUGGUGUGCUCAGGUGCCAACGUGACGGAGGAGCAGUUCCAGGUGCGCCUGGUGGGCGGCCCCACCCCCUGUGUGGGGCGGGUGGAGGUGCUGCACGAGCACAGGUGGGGCACGGUCUGCGACGACACCUGGGACCUGUGGGACGCGCGGGUCACCUGUCGCCAGCUGGGCUGUGGGGACGCCGUGGCCGCCCCCGGCCACGCCCACUUCGGGGAAGGAGCGGGGCCCGUCCUGCUGGACCAGGUGGGCUGCACAGGUGAAGAGAACACCUUGGAAGAGUGCGACAAGGGCCCCUGGGGGGUCCACAACUGCAACCACGAGGAGGACGCAAGCGUGGUGUGCGCAGGUUCCACCCCCCUGCAGGUGCGGCUGCGGGACGGCCCCGGGCCCUGCGCGGGGCAGGUGCAGGUGCUGCACAACCACACCUGGCUGGGCGUGUGCGGCCGCACCUGGAGCCUGCUGGAGGCACAGGUGGUGUGCAAGGAGUUGGGCUGCGGCUUCGCCCUCAGCGCACCUGUCGGCGCUCACCUGGCCCCGGGGGCGGCGCUGGAGGGUCUCACCUGUCGGGGCUCCGAGACGCUGCUCCUGGAGUGCCUGAGGGAGGGGGCGAGGCCGGGCACCUGCCACGCAGGUGGGGCCGCAGGUGUCGUGUGCGCCACGCCCAAAGGUGUGCCCCCCACCUGUGCACCCCUGGUGGCCCUGCUGGGGCUGCUGAUGUCACUCAGUGGGGUCCUGCUCUGGCUCACCUUGAGGACCAGGUGUGUGGGAGAAGCCCCAGGUAAAGGUCACCUGGGGGCCAUUUACCUGCCCAGGAGGGUCCCCCCUGAAGAGGUGGAGACGCUGCAGCUCAUCAAGGACGACAACCCCUGACCUCACCUGUCACCUCUCACCUGUCCCCCCCAAACACACCUGGGGGGCUCAGGUGUCCCCACACACCUGGGGCAGAUGGAAGGGGGCAAGAAAAGUGGGAAAAUGGGGUGGAAAUCAAUAAAAUUGGAGGUUUCAGCCAUCCAGGUGAGACGGGUGUGAAUUCUCGGGGGGAGGGGGGAUUGACCCUCCAGGUGUGAAUUUUGGGGGGUCCCCAAACCCUCCAGGUGUGAAAUCAGGUGAGAACACCAAUGAUGUCAUUAAUUAACCAUCAUUUAAUUAGCAUAUGCCCCGCCCAGGUGCACCCAGACCCCACCCCCAGCACUACAGGUACCACCCAGGUGGGACAGGUGAGUCCCAGGUGUCCACAGGUGAGACUCAGGUGAGCCUCAAGUGCCCACAGGUGAGACUUAGGUGCCUACAGGUGAGUUGUCCCAUCCAAAGGGGGACAAAUCCGGGAUCGAGGAAUCUGGGAAGAAGGAUCCAGGUGAGCACCUGCCCAGUCCCAGGUGCACCUGGGGCGCCAGGUGUGGCUGUUCCACCCCAAAAAUCCAGGUGAGGGCUCAGGUGAGGUGUGCACACCUGGCCUCAGGUGUGUCGGGGGUCCCACAGGUCCUGGGGGUGUGUCCAGUGAUGUCACAGCUCAGGUGUCGUGGUUCAGGUGCUGGUUUUGGGGACCACACCUGUCCAGGUGUGCAGGUCCAGGGUCCGCUCACCUGGGGCUCAGGUGUCACAGUUCAGGUGUUGCUGCUGAAGGUUCUCAGGGUGCACACCUGUCCUGGCUCCCUUCACCUGUCUCUCAGGUGUCCUGACACAGGUCCAUCAGCUUUUCGGGGUCCGCA